CAACUCAGCUGCCAGCAAAAGCAGGUGCUCUCCCCCUGCCAGUGCUCCAGAGGAAUAUUUAGGAAUGGAAAACCUGAUGUUUGUCUACUGGUCCUGUAAAGUUAUCUGGAUAGUUCUUGUAACAAUCCUGGGUUAUGCCAGCAGCCUGCCUGUGGGGGAGGAUGCUCUUUGCACAGCAGAGGAACUUGCUAAGUACAGGAUAAUCUUCACAGGGAAAUGGAGUCAAACUGCUUUCCCUAAGCAGUACCCACUCUACAGGCCCCCAGCACAGUGGUCAUCCUUGCUAGGUGUUACUCAUAGUUCUGACUACAGCAUGUGGAAAAAAAAUGAAUAUGCCAGCAAUGGUGUACGUGAUUUUGCUGAAAAGGGUGAAGCAUGGGCAUUAAUGAAAGAAAUAGAAGAAGCUGGAGAAAAAAUUCAGAGUGUACAUGGAAUCUUCUCUGCUCCUGCAAUUUCCAGUGGUACAGGACAAACCUCAACUGAAUUAGAAGUGCAUCCAAGACAUCCCUUAGUUUCAUUUGUUGUACGAAUUGUUCCAAGCCCUGACUGGUUUGUGGGUAUUGACAGCCUAAAUCUUUGUGAAGGAGACCACUGGAUGGAUGAAGUAUCAGUAGAUCUAUUUCCAUAUGAUGCUGGAACUGACAGUGGAUUCACAUUUUCCUCCCCAAACUUUGCCACUAUUCCACAGGACACAGUUACAGAGAUCACUUGUUCCUCUCCAAGUCACCCAGCAAACUCAUUUUAUUAUCCCAAACUCAAAAUUUUGCCACCAAUUGCUCAAGUAACAUUGGUGAAAUUAAAGAAAAGCCAGCUAGGUCUUUCUGCACCUUUUAUUAAUCUUCCAGCUAAAAGCAAUGAAAUAAUAGACACUGGCUCAGAAACACCCCUGGACUGUGAGGUUUCCCAAUGGUCUUCCUGGGGGCUCUGCAGAGGGGUUUGCAGAGAAACAGGGACCAAGAUCAGAACUCGUUUUGUACUUCUUCAGCCGGCCAAUAAUGGAAUGCCUUGUCCAAACCUGGAUGAAGAAACAGGAUGUGAACCAGAAAAUUGUAUCUGAAAUAAAGGAAAGAUAAUGAUUAAGAUAAUUUAAAAGUAGGAUAAGUUUAAAUCUAAACUACACAUCAAGCAAUGUUCUUUAUAAUUUGGAUAUGCUGCAUGCUUUUGCUGAAAAGCUGCAUUAGAGUGGUUUGGAAAGUUUUAUUUAAUAUCAAGAUUUUGGGGGGUUAAAUUUCUGAGAUUUAGUAGGACAACAGUACUGGAUAAUUUACAGACCAAAACCCCCCAAAUAAAUCUUCCUCCAAAUACACUAUAAGUUCUUGGAGUACCCUCUAGUGGCAGAAAAGAAGACAUUUGGAAAGAUUGUACUUCACAUUUUUACUUCACAGUAAAAAUCUUUCAAUCACAAAAUCUAAACUAAUAACCUACU